CUCCAUGCACCAAGGAGUCCCAGGAACUGCGCGUUGUUUGCACGGACCACCUGGACCUCCAGUCUUCAUUACCUGCUUCUGCUCCUGGGAAGACGAGGCAGACGGUGCACUCUGCAGGAAUGAUCUAAAAGCCGCUGGAUGGACAAGGUGACAACAGUGAAGGUGGUCAGCUCAGGUGGACGGGCCGCAGCGGUCACAAAAACAGCGACAGCCUCUGGAUUCGCAUCCGAAAGUGCUUUUUCUCUCAGCUCAGGUGGAUCUGGAGGAAGAGGCUCGGAGGGUGGCAGCAGCUCGGUUCUGACCGCAUCCAGCAGCUCCCACCGCCGUGGAGCCAGAGCCGGUAAGGACUCCGCGAGCAUCAGCAUCUCCUCGGUAGAAGCUUCCUCCGCCCUGUCCUCAGGUGGGGGGUCUGCGGCCUCGGGGGGGCCCAAAGAGGCCAGAGGAGGAGGAUCCUCCAGCAUGUCCUACAGUCUCGGUGGCAGAGAAGGGAAAAAAGAAGGGGGACUUGGCGCUGUGACAGUCUCCACUGUGACCAAGACCGGCUACUCCUCUGGGGGGUCCAGGGAAGGGAAGAAGGGGUCAUCGUCGUCUGCCAUCGCUUACUCGCCUACAAAAGAGAGGAAGAGCACGACGACCAUGGCGGCCGCUCUGUCAGAGGUCUUUGACGAAAGCUCAAGCACAGAUUCCUCCCUGGAGUACGGCAGGAGGGAUUAUGGGAGUUUAACCGCAACUUCCAAUGCGGCCACUAGGGGGAGAACUCAAAGCAGAGAGAGUGAGAUCAGAGCCAGGCUUCAAAGCGCGUCACCUCCAGCAAGAUGGACGGAGCUGGAUGACGUGAAGCGCUUGCUGAGGGGAAACCGCUCCACCAGCACCAGUCCCACUCAGUCCCCCAACAACACGCUGCCCAUCCCCAAGAAGGCCAGCGUGGAAACUAAAGCCACAGCUGACAGCUCCACAGACCAGUAUGGUAGCGUGUGGUCAGGGGAUGUGAGCAGUGGAUAUGGUUACAACACAACGCCCAACAACUUCACCACCACCUCCCAUCUCUACCAGUCAGGUGCAGGAGUCCAGAACAACCGGACUCUCGGCUCUCCACCCGGGAACGCCGACCAGGCUGUCAGCAGCUCCGCAUACGGGGUGCAGAAUAACCUGAGCAGUCCAGCAGUCCUCUCCCCCACUGGGGCCAGCUCACAGAUAGUUUGUGGCGUCCAGAAAAAUGUAUCUGGAAUAGGUGCAUCCACAGUGAGACCCAGCAGCCCCAUAAGUUACGAGACUCCGGGGAAAGACUUCAACUUUGUGCUGAUAGAGAAGGAGAACGCGCCGGUGAGAAAGGAGACGGAGCGGCUCGUCAUGGCCAAAGACACGGGGAAGCAGUUUGUGUCCACCGCACCUGCCGCCUUCUCAGGCACUUUCUCUGAGGACUCGCUGAAGAGGGAGAAACAGAAGCUUUCAUCCGGCACAGUGGAGGACGGAACUGACGGCAAAUCAUCAACCCUGAAAUCUACCACAAAAGACAAAGCCACCUAUGCAGAGAUCCGUAAAGACGAGUCGGGUUUUGGCUUCUGCUCCUGCUGCAGCUGGUGGAAGUGGCUGCUGGCACUUGUGCUCAGCCUCCUGCUCCUCCUAGGGCUCCUCUUUGGACUCAUCGCUUUGGGUGAGGAGGUGAGACGUCUGAAAAACCGCGUCAGCGCUCUAGAAAGCAUCACCGGCACCGCGUCGGCCAGAUCCAGCCGCCUGUCGUCCUCCUCCGGCAUCAACAUCAUCGACCCGCUGGACUCCGCGUACGUUGAAAGAACGUCGUCCGGCUCCACAAUCAGCCGCUCCGAUAAUUCAAUCAACCUUGGGGCUACCGGGCCGGGAGGAGACGCAGGAAGCGGACCGGGACAGGACGGCGCCGCUCUGCAGAGGACCGUCCAGCAGCUGGUCAGGGCUGAGCUACAUUCGAGUGCAGUGAGAGAAACUCUGGCUUAUUCCCUAAAAGGAGAGAAGGGAGAACCAGGAGCCAAAGGUGAUCCGGGGACACUUGGACAGAAAGGCGAUAGCGGCUUUCCCGGCCUGCCAGGUCCUCCUGGGCAGAUCGGACACUCAGGACUGGAUGGACCAAGGGGACCAAAAGGAAAUCCAGGAGAACCAGGUCCAGAAGGACCACCGGGCCAGAGGGGGCGGGAGGGACCAAUGGGUCCCCGAGGAGAAUCAGGACCACCUGGUUUAGGACAGAAAGGAGAUAAAGGAUCCCAUGGUGAACCAGGAGGUCCUGGUCCUGCUGGAGCUCCUGGACCUGUUGGUCCAAAAGGUGCUGCUGGAGAGCAGGGUAUGCCUGGUGUUCCAGGUGUUCCUGGGCCGAAGGGAUUCCAAGGUGAAGCUGGACCUUCUGGAGCCAAAGGUGACCGUGGAGCACCAGGUGUUCCAGGAAUCAAAGGAGAUAAUGGAGAACGAGGACCACGUGGACCAGCAGGUGAACCAGGACCUCCUGGACCUCACGGCCCAUCUGGACCUAAGGGAUCUAAAGGAAGUGCUGGAGAAUCGGGUUCAAUGGGACUUCCUGGUGCCAGAGGUUCACCAGGUACUCCUGGUGAUGUCGGCCCGCAAGGUCCUCCUGGUAUCCAAGGACCUCCAGGUGUAGCAGGAAUCCCCGGCCAGCCUGGCGGUAGAGGUGAACCAGGAUCUCCUGGUAAAGUCAUCGGCCCGAUGAAUUCUGAUACCGUGGCUAUCCCUGGACCUCCAGGGCCGGCUGGACCUCCUGGUCCUGCAGGACCCCCUGGUUUGUCUGGUCCUAUUGGUCCUGCUGGCGUCCCAGGCCAAUCAGGUGCUAAAGGGGAGCGAGGGGAUAAGGGAGAAAAGGGAGAGAAGGGGGACCAAGGUCAACGUGGAGAUCCAGGGACAGGACUUCCUGGACCACCAGGGGCUCCGGGGUCCCGAGGAGAACCUGGCCCUCAAGGUCCUCCUGGUGAGGGUAAGCAGGGUCCUCCAGGCCGAAGAGGUCCUCCUGGGGAUCCAGGAGUUGGAAGUCCAGGCCCUCGAGGGGAGAAAGGAGAACCUGGCAGCUUCUUGCCAACAUCGGAAACCUUCUUCGCCGGACCACCGGGACCUCCAGGACCUCCAGGCCCACAGGGUCCACCUGGUAAUGAAGGAGCACAAGGUUUCCGAGGUGAACCAGGUCAACCUGGUCUUCCAGGGAGUCCAGGGGAGCCAGGAAUUGGAUUCCCAGGUCCUCCUGGACCUCCAGGACCUCAAGGUGACCCGCGUAUCUCAGGAGGCGAACCUGGAAGCACAUAUAUUCCUGGACCACCUGGACCACCGGGUCCUCCAGGUCCACCUGGAAGUGAAUCCUCUAAUGUGGGCCAGUACAUUACUGACUACCUCCAGAGUGGCAGCGUCAGACAGUACUUGGCUGGACCUCCUGGUCCUCCCGGUCCUCCUGGACCUCCAGGGGAACCAGGCUCUUUUGGUUUUUCAGACGAUGCCCUGGUGGAUAAGGUUGCCAGUCGGGUUAUCUCCUAUAUCCAGAGUUCAGGCCCAGCGGCAUUCGGUCCUCCUGCUCCGCCAGGAUCUGUCUCUGUCAAUGACAUCAUCAGUCUAUUACAACGAGACGAUGUCAGGGCAUACAUCACAGGUCCCCCAGGACCACCAGGACCUCCUGGAAGUCCAGGUAUUGGUGGCUACACAUUUGACCCCCAGGAGGUGGCUGAACGCGUCUACAUCCUCCUGAAUCAGAGAGGGGCACUGAGUGCACCUGGAGCUCCUGGACCUCCUGGUCCUCCCGGUCCUCCUGGAAACCUUUUAGCGACUGGGUUUCAGUCUCUUAUCGGCCCACCAGGACCUCCUGGUGCACCCGGUAUCCCCGGGCCACAAGGUCCACCUGGACCCCCCGGACCACCAGGAUUCGGCAGCUAUGUUAGAUCGGACAUCCGUGACUACCUGCAGAGUGUCUCCCUCAGAGGCCCUCCAGGCCCACCGGGGCCCCCCGGACCAGAAGGCCCUCCUGGUCCAAUUGGGCGAUUGGUUUCCUUUACAGACCAUGAUGGCAGAGAGAAGCUGAAGCCCGAAAGACAAGAUUAUGUCCGGACUGAGUUCGAAGGUGGUGACGGUUUGGGUCGACCCAUGUUUGGACUUCCUGGUCCACCCGGUCCCCCUGGACCCCCUGGAAACAAGGGAGAGCCAGGUUCAGCUGGUGACAUUGAGUGGAGCCCAAACUCUCGUGACUACUCCAUCAUGGCUGAAAGAGUAACUGAUUACAUCAAAGCCCACGGUGUACUGGAUGACAUCGUAGGGGACUACAACAACAGGAUCUUUCAAGGACCUCCAGGACCGCCCGGACCUCCAGGUCCUGCCUGGUUUGGCUCCCCUGGAAACGCCUCUCAUCUAAUGGACAUUAUCCAAACUCUUAAGCAUGACGUCGAACAGAACCGGAAUGGACGUGUCGUCCACGGGCCCCCGGGACCACCUGGACCUCCAGGUCCACCAGGAGAGAUACGGCUGUUUGGCUCUCACACAAACGUCGUCGACAUAAUGGACUAUGUCAAAACUUACGGAGCGAUUGUGGGACCUCCUGGGAGACCAGGACCAAAAGGAGACCCGGGACUUCCGGGACUAACAGGAGCAAAAGGUGAACGAGGUUUUCCUGGACCUCAGGGACACAGAGGACCAAAAGGUGACAGAGGAGAUUUCUCGCUGACAACGAGGAGGAGGAGGAGCGCUGGAGUCUGAGCUCUAAGGGAUCGGAUGUUUCUCCCAUUUCGCCGCUGACUUUUCCUCUGGGUUGUGUGGCGGCUUGUCUUGUUGUGUACUGAGGGAUAUUUGUGGUGUUGAUGUUUUCAUUCUGGGCAUUUUAUUCAGGAUAUUUUGUUUUAAAUGUAUGUGUGACAUCACAGGAGAAAGUUUUGCCUGAGAGGAAAUAUUUUAUUUACAGCAAAAUGAAAAAAUCAACAUUAUACAAGAGUUUCUAAAAACUAUACACGUAUUUAAAAAAUGAAUGAAUGAUUUUGA